GCUUCAUUCUACUGCUUUAGCUAAUUGUCCUGCCAUGCAUAGCGGCCUAAGCUCUCCUCUUGCCCACAAAGGGCAGCUAAUGAAGCACAGCGCUGCCGUUCUCCCCGUCUUCCUCCUCUCCAUCGCUCUCCUUGCUAGCUCAUGCGAGGCGCGAGGUCUUCCCGUCCAUGGCAAGGUCCGCAGCUCCAGCAAGUCGCAUCGUCUACCACUACCAAGCAAGGAUGCGGCAGGAGCAAGCUUGAAAGCUGAUGGUCGGCUGACAAGGCAGAUGAAGGCUAGACACACGGCUCAGCCGGAGCAUCAGGCGGGUGCAACGGCGAAGGAGGGGAUGAAAAUGGCAGCAGCAUCUGCCGGUGCAGUUCGUGCUGCGCCUACGCCGUCUGCCGUUACAGUUUCGCACCGGCUUUCUCGACCGGAGGACACCGGGUUUCAUCUGGAUUAUGCCGGGCCUAGAACACAUACCCCUUCUCACAACUAAUGCGCGCGCGGGAUCAGAAUCAGAUCAGUUCCUGACCAAGCUACUCUUCCUCCUAAUCUUACUUUUCGUAUUUGCAAGCGACCCGUGUACAUGACAUUCCCAGUCCUAAAAAACGUCACAUUCUCACGUACAUACCUGAUUGAGUACAUAUCUGAUCUGUCUCAUCAUCCUGGCCCAACAAAAUUUAUAGCUUUUUCCUCAAAAAAAAAAUCUAGCUAGCAGGCCGGCUAGCGAGAGAGAGUACUUUACCAACAACUCAUCCAAAUUGUUGACUUCUCUUGUCUUCAUCAGCGUACACUCAUAUGCUACCUUCAGCUAAGCAAUAAUGUUAAUGCCAAGUUUUGAGUACUUUUGGUACUCAGCAAGUUUUAUGCUGAUCGAAUUUAAGAAAGUCUAAACUCGGUUCUUUUGCUCAAAAUGCUUUAGUUCAAAUUCAUUUAUAAAAGAAAUUAUUCUUUAGUUGACUCUCAACUUAUAACGAUUCUCUUAAACAAGGAUCAUUUAUCAUACCAUAAACCCAUAGCAACCAACCAAACCAUAACUCAUCUAAUAGUGUGAGGGUCCAUGCCAAUCAUAACCGUGAGCACUACUGUCAUGACAGUUUAUCUCUGCAGAGGUUUUGUACACAUUUAAUUUUCACAAGAAGUGACUUCAUUCCUCUGCCAUCGAGACAAAAGUUGUUGUGUCAAAUUAUCAUCUUACCAUUGGUUCGUAAUUCUCCUCACUGUCUUGUAUUUACU